AUGGUGGAGAUCACAGAGGUUGUGGAAGCCACCACCAGCAAUAAUGGCACAACAGAGACUACCGGAUUGAAGAAGGACGCAGGGGAAAGGGAAAAGGCGGAAGCUCAAGGCGCUGACAAGAGCAAACCAGAAGAAAAGCAACGACAUGUGCAAGAGUUGACCACACUUCAGCUGGAAGGAUUGAAACAAGUCUGCACUGCUUGUGGGUUGGGGCCUCGUAGUGCCUUGUCCCCUACAGAUCCCACCACCACCAAGUCUACUGCUGUAUGCAGUGCUGAUGGAUUGAUUCCCCUGAAACGAUGUUCUGUCUGUCACCAAGCUUGGUAUCACGAUCGUGCCUGUCAACAAAAGGAUUUUCCAAAACACAAGAAGGUAUGCAAGCGACUCCUCAAACAGCAACAACAGCAAAUUGACAAGAAUACCAACAAGGUUGUCUGCUGUCGUGUCCAAGAAUCCAACGAUAGCAGAGGAAGAUACGUGGUCGGCACCCAAACGUUGAUUUUUGGCACUGUCAUUGGACCUCACAACGCCACUUGUGGAAAGCCGUUGCCCGUAUGGAAUGGGGAUGAUACUGUCAGUAUUAGUGAUGAACAAAUCAAGCCGCACAACAAGAAUACAAGAAAAAUUGACAAUCAGCAUUGGCAGCCCAUUGUGGCUCCCGUGUUACUGGAAAAUCAUCGUCGGUAUCGAUGUGUCGUCUGUUUUGGACUCAUGUUGGAGAACAACAGCAAUACUCCCUCUGUUUCUACUACUACGGUCGGCAAUCGAAAAAUACUGGAGCAAUAUUACCCCACCCGACUUUGUUCCGAUGCUUGUCGUCGCAAGGCGGCGGCGUUUCUACCCAGUGAACAACAGGCAAUCUCUACCAUUUACAAUCAAAAAAGCAACAAUAAUCCACCCAUGAUUCUCCCCACGGCCGUAUUGCUCUAUCGCCUGGUGUUGGCCACGGAACGAACGGGACAAAUCAAACAAGUACUCUUGGAACAAUUGCAAUCCGAACGGGCCGACCCGCAUCACAUUAUUAGCGACGAGGAAAAGGCUCACGAACAGGCCGUCUGCGCCACGACCUGGGCCAUGAUGAAAGCCAUUACUACGUUGCCACUGUGGCAUCUCGAUGAUCUGGCAGCGUUGUUGCAGCAAGUCAAAUUGAAUGCGUUUAGUGUCUGUACGGGGGAAGCAGUGGCCUUGGGGGUUGGACUGUACACCACCACAACAACAACUUUGGAACCAGCACCGAAUCUGUUCAAUCACAGUUGUCGUCCCAAUCUACUGCAGACAUUUGACUAUGGCGUUGCGGGACAGUAUCCGUCCUUGCGAUUGACUGUGUGUGUGCCGCAAAUACACGCCCAAGAAGAAUUGACAGUGAGCUAUAUUGAUCCCACGUUGCCACGGCACCUUCGGCAAACUCGAUUGCGGCAAGACUACGGAUUCCACUGUCAUUGUCCCACGUGUCGAGACCUGGGGCGCGAUGAAUUGCAAAUCAAAUGUGCCCGAAAAAAAUCCUGUUCCGGAACGAUUCGAUUUCCGGAUGGCAAUGCAUGUUGUGAUCAGUGCCAGACCAAGCCAGCUAACGACAACCUCCGAGACGACCUCUUGUCCAAAUUCGAAACGAUCGAGUCACAUGACAUGGCUGCGUUGGAAACGGCAUACCAAUCCACGAAACAGCAAUGCAAACCAUCUUCCUGGAUUGUACAGGAAUGGGGAGAACGCCUGUUGCAAGCCCUACUCGAUGGUUUGGGGGAUGCAUCUUCCAGCGAUGAUGCCCAACUACAGUACGCCAUUGCGGCACAAGCCUUUCAACUGACCGAGGAAUUGUUACUCUCAUCACAUCAUCAAGGAGAAGACAAGCAGCAAGAUUGUUUGCUGCUGCGACGAACCUUGUUACGGUACAAAUCCAUCAAGUUGCGACUCUUUUUGAACGUGCGUCCCACCGAGGCAAUGCAGGAAUUGGAGCGAGACAUUCUGUCGACCUGUGCUACGUUCUUUCCUAGUCAUCAUGAAAUCAUGCAAGAGAUUGUGCGGGAUUGCUGCUUGUAG